CCGACAUUUCCCCGGUUUCCCUCUAGAUCAUCCCGUACCACGUGUGAAUCCCGAGCACCGCAGGACUAAUUGACACCGCACCACCGCGAUAUUUUAACUUUUUUUACCGCAAUACCGCCGUUUAAACAGCAAGAUAUCGCAUCUCACAGUGUUUUGAAAUACUGCGUCACCGCAUGUUUUUUGCUCUUUACCGCAAUAUCGUACAAAAUAGGGCCAAUACCGCAAUACGGCAAAACCCAAGGCUGCUUUCCACACAGUUAGGCUAUUACUGCAUAGAGCACCCCCCCUCCCCCAGCAAAUCUAGGCAAUGACACACCUGUCUAUCAUAUCAUUCAUUUGUGCAUUCCAUUUAUCUACAAAUAGAGAUGACUGCUUUUAUGAUAAAAAAUCGUGUUCAAAAAGUUAUUUAUUUCGUUUGGAAAGAGACCGGAGCAUCGAAUAAACACGAAUCUUUAGUCAGGUAUUACAUGACGCCAAUCCUCUAAAUUGGCCGCAUGAUGGAACCAAAAAAGUUAAUUGGCAUUGCACGAGGACAGCCGGAAAAAAAAGGAAUAUUUCUUACGCAAAGAAAAUGUAGCGCUUGCUAUCGUCAAGGUCCUUGUCUGUCAAUUAUUGUUUCCCCUGUCAAGAUUGACCAUUAAAUAAUUCAACGGCCGAUCUAUUAUAGUUUAAUCAAGUCAAAUAAGUGUGCACAUCACCUUUCCCACUUGAAACGUUGUCGUUUUGGGGGAUUGGGGCUGAAUUAACCUGUUACAUUUAAGGAAUUGGUUACUUUCCUUAUAUGGUAGCGAUCUGGUGAUCGCGUUUAAAAAUAAAAGUAAAACAAUGAUUUAUGUGUGCAUACCCCCUUUCCCACCUUGGUCGGCAAAAAGUAGUAAUUUCCCAAUACUAUAAUACUAUCCCAAUCAUUAUUAUACUAUUUCCCCCCAGCAUAUCCUGCGCAUCUGCAAUUUUUGGCCAAAUUUUCUUGAUAUCUCAAUAAAGCAUGUAUCCCAUCUUGAAGGGAUGUUGUAGAGCGUUGUGUUUUCAACCCAAUGUGGCUUUCAGGCAUCAGUGUUUCGAUUAUAUCCGGGAUUGCGAAGUAAAGCCAUAAUAAGCAUGAGUGUGUAACACCCUUGGCAGGAUAGUUUUUGCAAUAACCCUUCUUUUGAUGCUUUUUAGUAGUGGGCGACGCACGCAAAAAUACUCGGCUUUCUUUAGUUUUUACAUUGUUUUCAAGAGCAAAUUACCGCCACCCCUCCAUAAAACUUGCGUGAGCUACCGCUGACCACAGAAUGGAGGCACACUUCUCAUUUUGUCAACAACAAAAACAAGAUGGCUUCCACGGAGGGGAAGCAAGAAACGAUGGAAGACGACGAAAGCGUCUUACCGAAAUACGGCUGGCGAGUGCAUCUAGAUAAUACGUACUCUACAAAGCCCCAAGCCUGCUAUCUGCCUCGCUGGAGUCAAAUUCCCAAGCUUGUCGGUCUAGGCUGGAGAUAUAUGAAGUAUGCUACGAAGGAGAAGAAGAAUGGAAGAGUGCCGUAUAUUGACCCAUUGGCUGCAAACCCGUGUCGACAAGUUUACGGUGUGCCACUUGGUGGUAUUGGGUGUGGGACAAUAGGGCGUGGCUGGCGAGGCGAGUUCAACCGAUGGCAGUUAACCCCAGGAAUUUACUCCUACAACUAUGUUGAGGCUAAUCAGUUCGUUGUAUGUGUGAGGAAAAAAGGGAGGACCACCUACCAGGCCGUUCUUUCUCCUAAUCGUCCAAAUGGUGUUCUGUGUGGCCGGAGCCUGCAGGGCUGGAACUGGGGGUUCAGCGGUUCUAAUGCAGUGUACCAUGCUCUGUAUCCGCGUGCGUGGACCCGGUACGAGUUGCCCGGUCAGGACAUCAUCUUGGUUUGUCGACAAGUCUCUCCAGUCUUCCCCCAUGAUUAUAAGGACACGAGCCUUCCCGUGGCUGUUUUCAUCUGGUCUAUAGAAAACAAUAACAACGAAGAAGUGGAAGUGUCAAUCAUGUUCUCGUUCGAGAAUGGGGAUGGUACCCAGGACCUCACGGCCGGACACUACAACGAAUCGUUCUGUUGUAAAGGCGUGCACUGCAAAGGGAAUGUAGACCAGGGCGGUCCUUCGGCAUCCAAAGUCGCCAAUCACAUCCACAUGGAACAAAACCACGUGAAACCCCCCAGGAUUCCAAGCGCCGAUACGACCGGAAGUAACACAACGUGUGAUGUCACGGGAGUGUUAUUACACCAUAAACACCACAAGUUACCCUACACGUUAGCGAUCGCAGCGAAGGCUCUACAUAAGGCGGAGAAAGAACUGGUUACCGUGACAACGAAAACAUGGUUCGACUCAAGGACGCCGUGCCGCAGAGUAUGGAAUGACCUGAUGGAUGACGGGAAGCUUAACUCGUCCACAGAACCAAGCCCUCCGUCCAGGUCGGACCAGUCCCUUUGUGCAGCAGUUGCUGCGACGACCACCGUGGCUGCGCGUUCCCGGGGCGAGCUGGAGUUUGCCUUGGCUUGGGAUAUGCCCGUGAUAUAUUUUGGUAACAGCAAAAAGAGACAUUACAGGUAUUAUACCCGUUAUUUCGGUCACCAAGGCAACGCAGGCCCCGCCUUAUGUAGCCACGCCCUUAUGAGUUAUCCUGACUGGGAGACGAAGAUCGAGGCGUGGCAGAAACCCAUACUACAAGACGAGUCACUACCCAACUGGUACAAAUCAGCGCUUUUUAACGAGCUCUACUUUGUCGCUGAUGGGGGAACUGUCUGGCUGGAUGUCCGUUCGGAGUCUGGGACUAGUAAGGGUACAGCUGACAUUGUCCGAAAGAUUGGAAGAUUCGCAUAUCUUGAAGGCCAUGAGUACCGGAUGUACAAUACGUACGAUGUGCAUUUUUACGCGUCUUUUGCGCUCGCCAUGCUUUGGCCCAAGCUACAACUGAGCCUGCAGUACGACAUGGCGCACGCUGUUAACGUCUCCGACAAUCAGGUUGUCAUGACGAUGAUGAAUGGGCACUACUGUAGGAAGAAAGUCCCCGGAUGUAUCCCACAUGACAUCGGUGAUCCAUCCGAGGCGCCUUGGGAUCACGUGAACGCUUAUCACAUUCACGACACAUCAAAAUGGAAAGACCUCAACCUCAAGUUUGUGCUUCAGGUGUACAGGGACUAUGUAUUCACCAACGAUGUCUACUACCUGCAAGAUAUGUGGCCCAUCACCAAGACUGUUAUGACCAAGUCCAUGACGUAUGACUCAGACGGCGAUGGACUCAUCGAGAACUCUGGGCUUGCCGAUCAAACAUUCGACGCGUGGCCUGUCACAGGCCCUAGUGCCUAUUGUGGGGGACUGUGGCUCGCCGCUCUGCGUGUUAUGGCUGAGAUUGCUACCAUCCUAGACUUCCCUGAUGAGAGAGGGAAAUACGAGAAGAUCUUGGCGAGGGGCAAAAAAGCAUACGAGAGACUGCUGUGGAACGGCAAGUACUACAACUACGACAGUAGCACUAGCAAGUAUCACAACAGCAUAAUGGCGGACCAGUUAUCUGGACAGUGGUACCUGCACGCCUGCGACCUGGCCCAAACAUCUAAUGACCGGGUUUUCCCGAGUGAGAAUGUAAUCAGUGCCCUGAGAACAGUGUUUAACUUCAACGUGAUGAAAUUCCAGGAGGGAACAAUGGGCGCUGUGAAUGGCAUUAGGCCUGAUGGACAGCUUGACACAAGUAGUCUUCAAGCCGAGGAGGUCUGGACCGGGGUGACGUAUGCGGUAGCGGCAUCUAUGAUACAGGAGGGGCUGGUUGAUGAAGGUUUUAAAACGGCAAGCGGUAUCUACAAUACGUGCUUCGAGCGAUUAGGCAUGAACUUCCAGACCCCUGAAGCCAUCGUUGCCAAUGGCAACUACCGGUCAUUAGCAUAUAUGCGACCGCUGAGCAUUUGGGCGAUGCAGUGGGCGCUGGAGAAGAGGAAAAACAAGAGGGAGUCAUCAACGAAAGACCCUGGGACGAGUCAGAUGAAUGGAGGAAUCACCGGGUUGCUAUAAUUCUCUUAUAUAACUCUCAACUCUUUUAUAACUCGAAAUCCAAUCUUUGGUUUUAAGUGUUUCAACUCGGGGCUGUGAACUGGAAUGUAUAAUAUUUUUUAGGGAAUACGAUUAGCUACUUGCUGUCGGCAGCAUUCGGCUCUAUCAGGCAGUGAAUCGGCACUACGUGGUAGUGAUAGACGGUGCUAUUCUCGAGCGACUCGGCUCUAUCCGGCAGUGACUCGACUGUUCGGUAGUUACUCGGUGCUAUUCUUAAGCAGGCAGUGAAUCGGCAUUACUCGGUAGUGCAAGACGGUGCUAUUCGUGAGCAACUCAACAUUAUCCGACAGUGACUUGACUGUUCGGUAGAUACUUGGCAAUACACGAUAUGGGCUGAGUGGUUUCAUGAAAUGUGUAAGUCUUAUGAAAGUCAGUUUGAGGUUAUUCAUUUGAUAUAUAUUGUUUAUAUUCUAAUUAAGGUGGAGUACAAAGGUUUUAUGAAUAUUUAUCUUUUAAUCUUCAAUGUUCAGAGAAUGAUCUUUUUUAUUCAAGUAAAAAGCAGAAAAUAUAUUCCAUUUUUCUGUUUUUAUAACUUAUUUACCUAUAUUAAAAAAGUUGUCAGUGCAAAUGGCGUAAGGAAAAUGGUAAUUCUAUGACCGAAUGCUGAUUAUAGGCGUAAUUAUUUUUGAGAAUAAAGACAAGAAGUUGAAACUUAUCCUAUUAACUAUGACUUAUCGCACGUUUUUCUUUUUUUAACAUUUUUUUCUGUAUUCAGUAGAACUAUGAGUGGUUCCGUGGUAUUUUUCCAAAGAAUAUCUCGCUAACAUUUGGUAAUUGCCAUCUGCGCGCGGGGACAACGAUUUUCUAAAUAGGUGUGUGACGCAGAUGUAUUUAUUAUUGAAAUAGCAGGAAUAUCUUUAUUGGAAAUUGUAAUUUAUAAUAUAAAACAAUAUGCACAGUACUGAAUUGAAGAAUGUAAUAUAAGUUAUUUAUGCAAUGUAAUAGGAAUUAUAUUAAGGAAUAUUCUGUACAGUCAAGCCGGCGAUAUGGCCAGGUGCCGGUCGCUAGGCUGGACACCAAAAAGAGUGAAUAAAGAUAUUCAUUCCAUAA